CAAAAACAAAAAAACAAAACAGAGAACGGCUCAGACCUCAGAGAGAGAGACAGAUCAUCAUUCAGUUCACUCUUCCACAAGUUCCAAUCUUUCUCAUUCAUUCACUAAAAAAAAACCUUUCCUUACUGCUCUACUUCUACUCUUACUGCAGCAACAUAAUCAUCACCACCAUCACCGAUUCCCUCCCUUCCUUCUCUGCUCUACGCUUCGCCUUUUAGAUCUCUGUUCUAUACUCUACGAUUGGUAUAUACAAAUGUGAAGCCUUGGGCUUCGAGCGUAACGAAACAGGAGCCCUACCCAUCAAAGCGUUUUUGCCUCCUUUUUCAUUUCUGGGUUUGGUUCUGCUUAUUAGCUUAUAGCCUAGCUAGCUAGCUGCUGUCCCAUUUAUAAUCAUCGGCUGCAGUGUUGAUUCUCUCUAGCUUUUCCAAUUCGGAAGACCAGAGACUGGUUUCCCUGUUUUCUACCAAAUAAUACCGCAUUGGUAGAAACCUAACUGUAAAAUAGAAUCCGAGGCUAUUAGAGAGAGGGCAAGGGAAGGGAAGGGAAGUGUGUUGCUGGGUCCUAGUUGAAGGCGGAUUAGCUUUAUUGGGUCUUUCGAUUUUUGGGAUUUUUGGGUUUUUUGGGUUUCCCUUUUGGUGUGUGUUUCCUUUCUUCAUAAAAGGUUUGGCCUUUCUUGCAUUUUUUACCAAAUGCGACUUGGGUUUGUUAAAGGAGGAGAAGGGAGGAGCGUCCAAGGGAGCCUGCUGAGUUUUCUGUUCAGUGUGUGAAAGAACCAUUUUUUUUCUUCUUGUGGCUGGUUUGGAAAUGGAAGAAGAUAAGAAGAAGAAGAUCAAUGGUAGUGGUAGUGGGAGUGAAGAAUCUACUAAGAAGAAGGAGAGGCAUAUCGUCACUUGGACUUCUGAGGAAGAUGAUAUACUUCGCCAGCAGAUAAACUUACAUGGAACGGAGAACUGGGCGAUCAUAGCAUCUAAUUUCAGUGACAAAACAACGAGACAGUGUAGAAGAAGAUGGUACACAUACUUGAAUUCUGAUUUCAAGAAAGGCGGAUGGUCUCAGGAGGAAGACUUGCUCUUGUGUGAGGCUCAACGAGUAUUUGGUAACAGAUGGACAGAAAUAGCAAAGGUUGUUUCAGGCAGAACAGACAAUGCUGUGAAGAACCGGUUCACAACCCUUUGCAAGAAGAGAGCAAAAUAUGAAGCAUUGGCCAAAGAGAAUGAAAGCGUGUUUAGUAAGUCUAACAACAAGAGAGUCUUGUUGGAUGACAAGGUGAACACUGAUGGAAACCCAGAAAUUGCAGGAGCUGCCAAGCGAACUAGGAGAUCCCACAUUCCCGAUCAAACAGAGACCCGGAAUUUUGGAGAUAGAUCACACCCUAAACAGGCUAGGGCCCCAUUUAUGGUGUUGGCUCGGGAUGCACAUAAAGUUAAUGCUGUUAAUCAGCAUCCAAUCAUCAGUAACAAGGACGUCUCCCCUGGUGCAGCUCAAAGUGGUAAUACACAAGGAACCUUUCUCAAGAAAGAUGAUCCAAAGAUAUCAGCCCUGAUGCAACAAGCAGAACUUCUCAGCACGCUGGCACAGAAAGUCAAUACAGAGAACUCCGACCAGAGCCUCGAACAUGCUUGGAAGAUACUUCAAGACUUCCUGAAAAGGAAUAAAGGAGAUGAGAUCCCGAGUUACACGAUUUCUGACAUUGAUAUCCAACUCGAGGAUUUUAAAGACUUGAUAGAAGAGCUAAGGAACAGCAGUGAUGGAAGUCAUCCAUCUUGGAGGCAACCUGAUCUAUAUGAAGAAUCUCCAGCUAGCUCUGAGUUCAGUACAGGGUCAAGUCUUAUGCCAUAUUCAGCUCCCGAUGCAACAACAGAACAACCCCAUGUUGAAAUUGAGACGCUGCACAAGGAUGUUGCAAUUGAUUUGGAAGCCAUGCAUGUCGAAGGAGAAGGCGUCGAAAGUAAAGGUGACAAAGAACUCAUAUCUGGGGUUAACAUAGCUGAAGGGGAGCUGUUUCCAUCAUUUGAAGACCAAACGAAUGAUGACAUAGUUGUUUCUGCUUCAUCAAGUACAGAGUUCGGUUCCCCUCGUCAAGUUACCCCAUUGUUCAGAUCCUUGGCAGCUGGAAUUCCUAGUCCCCAAUUUUCAGAAAGUGAACGAAGAUUCCUACUGAAAACUCUUGGAGGGGAGUCUCCUUUCCCUAAUCCAACCAUCAAUACUUCUCAACCACCUCCCUGCAAAAGAGUCCUCCUCCAAAGUUUAUGAGAUUGAGAAUCUCCAUCAUCAAUCUCAUAUGAACAACAUGGACUUCCCCGCUCCUAAUAUCUUUAGUCAUCAAAUAGAGAACAUGGUUUCUCACCUAAAAAGGGGGGGAAAUCUUGUCUACCCUAAAACAGUCAUUCUACCUAUUUUCUCUACUAGGGAUACAGCUAUCCUGGACGAAGUUUUAUCCGUCGGCAUGUCGAGAAAACUGCAUCCAAGACCCCAGGUCUAGAAUGUGAAGGAUGCAUUCUAGCCAGCUCAGGACACAUACGUAAAAUGUGACUUUGAGUACAAUUUUUCAUAGUGCUGGAGGAGAGUGCUACCAUGGAAGAAAGGCGCCUCCCCUGUGAUUGCUAAUGGUGUGACAUUCUUUUGAUUUUUGCUGCUUGGAUUUCGGUACAUGGGUUACCGCAGAUCCAGUUUUCGGCCUUCGAUUCAUCAUCAUCAUAUGUACAGAAAUCUUAGUACUGCUACUAUAUAUGCCUGUAGUCAGAGUGUAAUUAGACAUCGGCAUCUCGCCUAUAUGAGUAGAGAAGAAACAUAGAAAAAAGAAGGAAAAGAAAGUAAAGGAGGAUUAACCAGCUGAUUGGAUUCCUAUUUGUUGUUUUUGGUGUGCAUAGGGUAUAGAAUAAGUUUUUUUUUUUUUUGCCCGUUUUUCUUAUUUGGUUGGUCUUCCUUUACCUGAAUUCUGAUGUAACAGAAUAGAACCUUGGUGGGAUUUGGAAAUGGAAAUGUCUUCCUGGUUUUGGUGUGCA